AUGCAGGCCCGCCGCGAAGAAGAGGCCCUCGCCAGGCGCAAGGGGGAGAAGGAGAAGGAGCGGGCGUUGCCCCCCGUGCGCAGUGCCGCCGAGCCCAGCUCCGAAGGUCGCCGUCCCCUCAACCUUCCCGGCGCCGGCAAGUGGCGCGAGAAGGAGGCUGCUCGCGGUUCCGCCGGCGCCUCAGACAACGCGCCACCCGCUCCCCGGCAAGGCGCCCCCAUGGAGCGCACCGACUCGAGCGAUCGUGCCAGCGGCCCUCCCCGCAUCAGCCUUGCUGGCAAUGGAGGCAAGCCCAGCUGGCGCGACCGCGAAGCGGCACGCGCCGCUGCUGGCGGUUCUGAGAACAGCGCUCCCCCGCAGAGGGCGGAGCGUCUGGAGCGCCCGGAGCGCACUGCCUCGGGUGGUGCCCCCAUGGGCCGCACCGCCUCGAAUCGCGACGACCAGGGUCGUAAUGCCUCGCCGGCGCCCGCGACCGAGCAGCUCAAGGCAUCGGGAGCCCCUGGCAAGUGGGUGCCCCGGCACCUGCGCAAGGAGUAA